CUCUACAAAUACCCCAUAUUAUCACACAGUCUCUGCACAACACUAGUACUGUACAUCAGAAAACAGCCUCUUCAAAACAACUCACACAGGAAGAAAGGAAGAAUCUCAACAAACACUUCAUCAUUUUUGAAGUUUUCGAAUCAAGUCUAGCGGACAACUAAUAUAAGAAUGGGAUCUGCUGGAGUCCAUAUUGUGUGUGUGGCCCUCGGGGUCUUGGGCUUGAUCGGGACCAUCGUAUGCUGCGCUGUCCCACGCUGGAGGGUGUCCUCUUUCACGGGAUCCAACAUCGUGACUGCACAGAGCACUCAAGGGGGCCUGUGGAAAAACUGUGUGGUGCAGAGUACCGGCCAGCAGCAGUGCAAGAACUACGACUCCCUGCUGGUCCUGCCCUCUGACCUGCAGGCCUCCCGUGCCAUGACCAUCAUCGCCUGCAUGUUGAGCAGCCUCUGCAUCCUGAUGCUCUUCUGUGGGGCCGACUUCACCACCUGCAUAGAGAACGAAGCUGUCAAGCCCAAGAUCGGCCUGGUGUCUGGGAUUGGCAUGAUUCUGUCGGGCCUUUUGGUGAUCAUCGCUGUCAGCUGGUCCGCCCACAAUAUUGUGCGGGAUUUCAACGACCCCAUGGUCCAUGCUAACCAGAAGAAGGAGCUCGGAGCAUGUAUCUUUGUGGGUUGGGGGGCCGGCGUGCUGCUCCUUCUGGCCGGAGGUCUGCUCUGCUGCUUCAGCAGGCCCAACUCUGGCUCCGGUGGAACCGCCAAGUACUACAGCAACAGCGCUGCCUCUGCCCCCAAUAAAAACUACGUGUAGUAGAUCCUUUAUAAAAGGGACUGGUGUUAGACAGAUAAUAUGUGAGGUGGAUUUAGUUGGUGAAAGACUGGCGAACAACAAAGUAGAUUACAUAAGGGGUUGUUUUGGGAAAUCUGAACAAAUGUAAAUAUUGAAACCAAUUUUUUUCUUUCACAGUCAUAGUUAUGCUGGUGAUGUUUAAAUCGUAGAUCUGUUUUACUAUAGGUGCUGGGUUGGGCAUUAGCUAGUUGGAGGUACACGGAAAAACAAAUGUUAUACAUGCUGUAAAUUACACAGAUUUUGCGAUCCUAGAAUAAGCUGUUGUAUUUGGGUUGCUGUACAAAAUAAAUGAUAUUGAUAAUGAUAUUGUAGCUGAAAGAUUUAUGCAUUUCCUUUAUUUUUCUUGGAAUAUUUGACUUUCAAAGCUUCUUUAAAAAGAACCGCCCACGUGCAAAUCUAAAUGUGAGAUUCGGAAAAUGUAAAAAGAAAAAUCAUCUGAUAAGCUAAACAUGAAACUAAUUGUCCAGCCUCUUAAGACAAAUGCAUUAUUUGUAUGUAGUUUGGAUAAAACAUUCUGAUUAUAUUACAUGUGUUAUCAUUUAUAUUACGUCUUCUUCUUUUCAAUCUUGUUUUUAUUAUUCAUAUUCAGAAAAAGCUGCUGUACUUCCGUCAGCUUCAGGGAGCAUCUGAGUCACUUGUUUCUCUAAUUAUAUGACAUUUCAAUUUGCUCUGUACCAUUUGCUAUUUCUCAUUUUGUAUUUUUUCUCAUUUUGUAUGAUGAUGAAUAAAAAGGAUUACAAUUUGGCAUAAUUCAAACA